AUGGCCGGCCCUUCAUUCGCGGAUAGAAGAGACUACGAGGCCGCAGAGCGCGGCUUCAUCGCAGCCCUAAACCCCGGGAUCAUCAAGCACGCCUCCGGCCGCGAGGUCUGGAACCCCAAUGCAUGGGACUUCAUGCAAGGGGAAUGUCCUCCCUCCGCGCAUCCCCACCUCUGGCGGCAGGGCCAAUUGAAUUCCAAGCAUGGGCUGUACGAGGUCUGCCCUGGGAUCUACCAGCUUCGAGGCUACGAUCUGUCCAAUAUGACGAUUGUUGAGGGGACGGAGGGGAUCAUUGUUAUUGACCCGCUGGUUUCAUGCGAGUGCGCGGCUGCUGGGAUGGAGUUGUACCAGGCGCACCGUGGGAAGGGGAAGAGGAUUACUGGGAUGAUUUACUCGCAUUCGCAUGGGGAUCACUAUAUGGGUGCAGGUGGAGUUAUUGACGCUGAUACGGAUAUACCUAUUAUCGCACCGGAAGGGUUUAUGGAAGCCAUUCUGAGUGAGAGUAUCCUGGCAGGGCCGGCGAUGAGGAGGAGAGGGGCUUUCAUGUACGGGAAUGCCCUGCCUCGAAGCCCGAAUGGGCAGAUUGGGACAGGACUCGGGAUGGGGUCUAGUGUUGGGACGACGAGCCUUAUUCCACCCAAUCUUCUCAUCCAGACAACGGGCGAGGAGCAUGUCAUUGAUGGGGUGAGGAUCGUCUUUCAGAUGGUGCCAGGGACAGAAGCACCAGCAGAAAUCAAUUUCCACUUCCCGGAUUUCCGGGCCUUCUGCAUCCCUGAGACAGCGACAAAUUGCAUGCAUAAUAUUGUUACACUGCGGGGAGCGCAGGUACGCGAUGCAAAAGCAUGGUCCGGGUAUUUGGACGAGGCUAUCGUUUUGUUCGGACGCCACUCGGAUGUGGUCUUUGGCAGCCAUAACUGGCCGACCUGGGGCCAGAGCGAGCUCUUGACGAGGCUAGAAGAGCAGCGUGAUCUGUAUGGGUACAUGCAUGACCAGACGGUGCGGAUGAUGAAUCUGGGCAUGACGGGCACAGAGAUUGCAGAGAAGAUGCAGCUGCCUCCUGCGCUUGAGCUUGCCUGGCACUGCCGGGGGUUCUAUGGCUCUCUAAGCCAUAAUGUCAAGGUAUGA